AUUGCGAGUGCACUAAAAAUGGGCUAAGAUUCACACUCCAAAUAGAGGAACCACGAUAAUCACGCACUAAAAACGUAAAUCGCAUUACCCAAAACAUCUCAUAAUAAUGCAUAAUAUACAUAGUGGGUAUCUAGGUCCCCUCUGUUUUAGUAACCCCGAUUCAGCGCCGACGGUGCGCAAGGCUGCGCCGGCGUCGACCGCGUGGGGUGCGCGCAGUCAGCCCCGAGCCGUCGCACGCGCGCGCCGAGUUGCGCACAUCGAAACUUUUGCUGAUCGGAAACUUUUGAUCUAAUUACAAUCGCGGAACACAAUAAUUAUAACCCGGCUAAUAGCAUGUUUCAACAAAUCAGUCUGUGAAAAAGUGACAAUUAGAUGCUAAACUGACAUCUAAAUUACUUCUCGUGUUUGUUUCGUAACGCAGUUUACAAUCUAAGAGUUUUGAACUUGGGUGCAUCGAGGAAGAUCGUGGGAGCUGUGCAACAAUCGACAGUAACAAGAUACUUGCACUGCCUAAUGCAUAUGACAUAUUACUUUCGAACUGCGUGACAUUUGUGAUAUUGCCUGUCUGAUGCACUGAGUCGUUAGUGCAGUGAGUGUUCUGUGGGGAAUUUUAAUAGUGCUGUGUCAAAAGGCGGGAGCAGGGCGCUUAUAAGAUACUGUUUGUUACAAGUGUUCUGAAGUUAUCGAAAUGAACGUUCGAGAAACGAGCAGCUUCAGCAACCAGUUCGAUGUGGUCUAACAUGGUCGUUCUCCGUCGUCCACCAACCAGCUACAAGCCAAUGAGAAGAAGCAAACCGCCAGACAAGCACCGAACACUAACACUAUCACUAUAUCUUAUGUGACUUCAUCAACACACUGCCCCAAAAAAAAACUAGCCUUGCAAACUGGCUAAUAAAAAUAAAAACUACAAGAUUCUAAAAUCAAAAUGGGUGUGCAAGUGCUUCUAGCAUCAACAGCCUUGAAGACCGUGAGUGUGACGGGUUUGUGGUUGAUCCCACUGUUGCUGGGCGCGCUGACAUACCACAACUAUAAUGCUUAUGAUCCGGAAUCGAGAGUGAUUGAUAAAGAGCCGAGGAGAGAGUAUGACUUCAUAGUGGUUGGGGGCGGGUCGGCGGGUGCCGUCGUCGCUAACAGACUAUCGGAGGUUCACAAUUGGAACACGCUCUUGCUAGAAUCUGGCCCCGACGAGAACGAGAUCACCGACGUGCCGUCCCUGGCGGGCUACCUGCAGCUGACCAAGCUGGACUGGCAGUACAAGACCGAGCCCACCGCGCAUGCCUGCCUCGGCUUCAAGAAGCGCCGUUGCAGCUGGCCCAGGGGCAAGGUGCUGGGCGGUUCCAGUGUUCUCAACUACAUGAUAUACGUACGAGGCAAUCGAUACGACUUCGACCAAUGGGAACAAUUCGGCAACCCCGGGUGGGGCUACCGGGACGUCUUGAAAUACUUUAUCAAAUCUGAAGACAACAGAAACCCUUACUUAUCCAAGAGUCAAUACCACGGGCGGGGAGGAUACCUCACGGUUCAAGAAGCUCCUUGGAGAACACCCUUAGUCGCAGCCUUCGUAGAAGCUGGAGUCGAAAUUGGGUAUGAAAACAGAGAUAUCAAUGGAGAAUACCAAACUGGGUUCAUGAUCGCCCAGGGUACGAUACGUCGCGGCUCCCGCUGCAGUACCGCCAAAGCAUUUUUGCGACCCGUGAGAACUCGAAGAAACUUAGACAUUUCCUUAAACUCCCAAGCAACAAGAGUUUUAAUCCAUCCAGUUACAAUGAAGGCGUACGGGGUCGAGUAUGUGAAACACGGCAUGAGGAGAGUUGUUUACGCGAGAAAAGAAGUAAUAUUAUCGGCCGGCGCCAUCAACAGUCCUCAGCUGCUUAUGCUGUCCGGAAUAGGUCCGAAAGAACAUUUAAAAGACGUCGGAAUUAAGGUUUUGAAGGACUUGCCGGUCGGUGAAAACCUGCAAGACCACGUUGGUGUAGGAGGAUUAACAUUUCUAGUCGACAAACCUGUUGCGAUCGUCCAAAACCGCUUCCAAGCUUUCCCCGUUACCAUGAACUAUGUUGUAAACGAGAGAGGUCCCAUGACGACCCUAGGAGGCUUAGAAGGGAUCGCCUUCGUUAAUACAAAGUACGCAAAUAGUUCUGGAUUGUGGCCUGAUAUUCAGUUCCACAUGGCGCCGGCGUCUUUCUCGUCUGACAAUGGGCAAAUUGUCAGAAAGAUCUUAGGGCUCACGGAUGAGAUUUAUAAUACUGUUUACAAGCCUAUAGCCAAUAAAGAUGCUUGGACUAUUAUGCCUUUGCUGCUGAGACCAAACACACGAGGUUACGUGCGAUUAAGGAGCUCCAAUCCUUUCCAUUAUCCGAUAAUGAACCCACGUUACCAUGAGGAUCCUUUAGAUGUGGCGCGCCUCGUGGAAGGAAUCAAAAUAGCUGUGCAAGUGGCAGAAGCAUCUCCUUUCAAACAGUUUGGUAACAGGCUGUAUAUGAAGCCGUUGCCGAGCUGUAAGCACUUUAAAUUUAUGUCUGACGAAUAUAUUGAGUGUCAAGUGAGGCACAUUUCUAUGACGAUAUACCAUCAGAGUGGGACAGCUAAAAUGGGGCCGUCGUGGGAUACAGAGGCAGUAGUGGAUCCACGGCUCAGGGUAUAUGGCGUGGAAGGCCUAAGGGUAAUAGACGCCAGUAUAAUGCCGACUAUUGUGAGUGGCAACACCAACGCCGCAGUCAUCAUGGUAGGGGAGAAAGGGGCUGAUUUGAUAAAGCAAGACUGGCUUAGUAAGAAUCGAUGACAUUAAUUGUAUGUGUAGUUAAUAAGAAUGUCAUCUACUUCAACUAUAGUUACCAUUACCAAUAAUGAAAGUUAAUAGAAUUUUAAAUACAAAAUGCCAAUUUUAGACGUAACGUGUUAUUUCGUAAAGCAAACAUUUUAAGUUUUGUAUAUUCACUCCUGAAAAGUUACCUUGUAAUAACACAUACUGUAUUAUAUGAAAUACUUAUUUAGGUUUGUUUAAGUUUGUAAAUUAUGUAAAUAUGUUUCUUGUGUUUAUAAGGAUUCCUAAUUGGACACUUCCUACUUGUUAUUAUUCUUAAUAUUUAAAUGAAUAUUUAAGCGUAUAGUAUAUU